AUGUCUAAUUUUUUUUUACAAAAACUUAAUCAUUUACAUGAAGAACUUGAUGAGCUUUAUGAUUCUUCGCAAGAACUUGAUGAUUCCUCACAAGAAUUUAAUGAUUUAUACAUAACUUUUCACAAGAACUUAAUUCCUUACAAAAGUCUAAUGAUUAUUCACAAGAACUUG